CUCAGCCGAGCGAGCCAGCGAGCUGGGUCACUCACAAUUCUCGGCGAGCGAACGAGACAGAGACCUGUGAUGGUGGCCGCGGUGCGCGCCGCCCCGGCGCUCGCCGACAAGCCGCCGGGGCUCGCGAUGCUGGAGGUGGCGGCGGCGGCGGGGGAGGACCGGCUGUCGGACGCCGAGACGGCGUCGUCGACGGCGGCGCCCAACUCCAGCCUCAGUUCGGCCAGCAGCGCCGGAAGCCUGCCGCGGUGCUCCAGCCUCUCCCGCCUCUCCUUCGACUGCUCCCCCUCCGCUGCCCUGGCCGCUGCCGCGUGUUCGCCGCCACCCGCGCCGACGGCGUCGCGGCCGCACCGGUCGGGCGACGCGGCGUGGGCGGCGAUCCGCGCGGCGUCCACGUCGUCCGCGGCGCCGCUCGGGCCACGGGACUUCAAGCUCCUGCGCCGCGUCGGCGGCGGCGACAUCGGGACCGUCUACCUCUGCCGCCUCCGCUCCCCCGCGGCCGCGGCCGGAAGGGAGAGCCCGUGCCACCUCUACGCGAUGAAGGUGGUGGACCGCCGCGUGGUGGCGAGGAAGAAGAAGCUGGAGCGCGCGGCGGCGGAGAAGCGGAUCCUCCGGGCGCUGGACCACCCGUUCCUGCCCACGCUCUUCGCCGACUUCGACGCCGCGCCCCACUUCUCCUGCGUCGUCAUGGAGUUCUGCCCCGGCGGCGACCUCCACUCGCUCCGCCACCGCAUGCCCUCCCGCCGCUUCCCGCUCCCGUCCGCCCGGUUCUACGCGGCGGAGGUGCUGCUGGCGCUGGAGUACCUGCACAUGAUGGGGAUCGUGUACCGCGACCUCAAGCCGGAGAACGUGCUCAUUCGCGCCGACGGCCACAUCAUGCUCACCGACUUCGACCUGUCGCUGGAGUCGACCUCCUCCCCGUCGCUCGAGUCCGCCGCCGGCAACGACGCCGCCGCCGCUGGCGACGCAUCCACCUCCGCGUCCUGCUUCCCGGACCACCUGUUCCGGUUGAAACGCCGGCGUCGCCGCGCCGCCGCGCGACAGACGACGACGUUCGUGGCGGAGCCGGUGGAGGCGCGGUCGUGCUCGUUCGUGGGCACGCACGAGUACGUGGCCCCCGAGGUCGCCCGCGGCGGCCCCCACGGCGCCGCCGUGGACUGGUGGGCCUACGGCGUGUUCCUCUACGAGCUCCUCCACGGGCGCACCCCGUUCGCCGGCGCCGACAACGAGUCCACGCUCCGCAACAUCGCGCGCCGCCCGCUCGCGUUCCCGCCCGGGUCGGGCUCCUGCGGCCCCGCCGACGCCGCGGCCAGGGACCUUAUCGCCCGCCUCCUCGACAAGGACCCGGCCCACCGCCUCGGCUCCCGCCGCGGCGCCGCCGACGUGAAGGCGCACCCCUUCUUCAAAGGCCUCAACUUCGCGCUCCUCCGGGCCUCCCGCCCGCCCGUCGUCCCCGGCUCGUCGCCCCUGCACCGGUCCCAGUCCUGCCACGCGGCGCCGCCGCCGCCGGCGACGACGCCGGGUUCUACGCUGCCCCGCAAGAAGCCGAUGCCGACGGCGGACGCGCGGUUCGACCUCUUCUGACCGACCGUCCGGCGGUGCCAUUGCCGGCGGGAGACACGCCCCCCCGGCCGCGACGUCACGCAUUGACCUAGCGAGCAUCAGUCACCAUUGUACACAGCGUUUAUAUAAUCUAGUAAUAGCAAGUAGCUAGUUUAAUCCCUUGUAGUGUGCCAUCAUUAGUCUAAUCGAGCACGAACCCUCGAACCCUUGAGCUAAGGCCGUGUUUAGUUGGGGAAUUUGGGAGGUGCCAAAUUACUGCUACAGCACUGUAGCACACUGUAGCGUUUCGUUUGUAUUUGUGAAUUAUUGUCCAAAUAUUGAC